GGGCCGCACGCUGGCGCACGCGCAAAAAGACGCAUAGGCGGAAGUGGCGCGAGGUGUCCGGCCUGUGGAGACCUUCCGGGAAGGUGGCGGCCGAGGUGGCGGUCGAGAGAGCAGGACCGGAGACAGGUGGAUGCGGAGGAGGCCCAGCCAGCAAGACGGGGCCCAGCAGUGGAGAAGAGCAGAGACAAGGUUGCAGGCCUUGAAUGCGGCAAAGCAGAAACCAUGGACCUCAAGUUCAACAACUCCAGGAAGUAUGUCUCCAUCACUGUGCCCUCCAAAACCCAGACAAUGUCGCCACACAUCAAGUCGGUUGAGGACGUCGUGGUGCUGGGCGUGAACCUCAGCAGGUUUAAGAAGCUCACACAGUUUCUCAUAUGUGUGGCUGGAGUUUUUGUGUUUUACCUAAUUUAUGGAUACUUACAGGAGUUGAUAUUUUCAAUGGAAGGCUUUAAGCCUUACGGCUGGUACCUUACUUUAGUACAGUUUGCAUUUUACUCUGUAUUUGGCCUAAUAGAACUCCAGCUCACUCAGGACAAAAGGAGAAGAAUACCAGGAAAAACCUACAUGAUAAUAGCUUUUCUAACUGUGGGUACUAUGGGCUUAUCAAACACUUCCUUGGGCUACCUGAAUUACCCAACCCAAGUCAUCUUCAAGUGCUGCAAACUGAUUCCUGUUAUGCUAGGAGGAGUUUUUAUUCAAGGAAAGAGGUACAACCUUGCAGACGUGUCCGCUGCAGUGUGCAUGAGCCUUGGCCUGAUCUGGUUUACCCUUGCUGACAGCACAAUUGCACCAAACUUUAAUCUGACAGGUGUGAUGCUUAUCUCCCUGGCACUGUGUGCAGAUGCUGUCAUUGGGAACGUUCAGGAGAAAGCUAUGAAACUGCACAAUGCUUCCAACUCCGAGAUGGUUUUGUAUUCGUACUCAAUCGGUUUUGUGUACAUUCUGUUGGGAUUGUCAUGCACCAGUGGACUGGGUCCUGCACUGGCAUUUUGUUCAAAGAACCCUGUUCGGACUUAUGGCUAUGCCUUCCUGUUUUCCCUCACUGGUUACUUUGGAAUCUCCUUUGUUCUGGCCCUCAUUAAAAUCUUUGGUGCUCUUCUGGCUGUAACAGCAGUGAUGAGGAUGUCAUUGUCCAGCCUGUAGAGGACUGAAGGUUGCCUUUGAUGUAUUUGGAGAGAUGGGGAGCAGAGUGGGAGGAACCAGUGACUGCUGCAUCGUUUCCCAGAGCUGUAGAUGCACACCGGCUUCCAUGAUAGAGGCAGAAAGGUUUUACUGUCUAAUAAAAGGCAGAGGAAGGAAUAGCUAACACAGAGCCCUUCCUGUGUGCUAGACACCAUUUUGGGUGAGUCCUAACCAGCUGGCACCAUAUGCACAGAUAACGUGAGUAUGGAGAGGUAAAGCAGCUCACGUGACAGCCUGCUGGAGUCGGGGUUCAGGCAGCACCCCGGCUCCAUGCUGCUGUCUUCACCGUGCUCCCUUGGUUAGGCCUCACUACCCUCCCUACCAUCACAGCUUCCUGCCAGGCGGCUGCACGGAGUCUGAGAAUUUACAAGACAUACAGUCCUCCCUCUGUGGAAACUUUCUAGGAUGCUGCACUCCUCAAAACAACACAGCUACCCAUAUUUUCCUGGCCACAGCCUAAGUCACAUGACCACACCUAAGUAUAGGGAAGACUUCUGACAUGUGUGCCCAGAACAAGUUCUUCAGUCACUCACGCUUGAAUGUCAAGUGCAAGGAGCAGGAAGGAAUCUGUGAGACAAGGUCUGGGACUGAGAAAAGCAGUGGGAGGGUAGAACGCUAGCAUGGAGAGCUGUGUGGCUCCUCUUCUGUUUGCACUGAAUUGGACAGUCUCAGGCCUUACGGCAGAGGUUGAUGGGUAAUACCCAGAGUGGGAAGAAGAGUUAAUACAAGUGUAUAAAGAGCAAGACUGUCACAACUACUGUCCUAUCCACAGAGGUCACCAUGCCUAAAUCCUGUAAGUCACUGUAGUGAGCAUGCCUGGAAUCUCAAUGGGAUGGAGGUCAGAGCAGGAUGAGCAAAACAUGGCAAGACCUGUCUCAGAAACAGACAGAAUAUCUGGGUACUAAUGAACCUUCCACUAUUUUAAAAGGAUAACUGUAGGCAUAAAUUUUUUGUACCCUAAUUUAAAUAAGGGUUCAACCUCUUCUGUAGCCCACCGCCCAGCAGAGGUAGUAGAAGGGAAAGUUUAAGGCUAUGGGGGAAGUGGACCUGGUCAGCCAUAGUUCUUUGGGGACAAGCUCCGUCUUCUUGGGCAGCAGUUCAGUCCUGUAGCAAACACCAGUUGAGAUUCAGCAGCUGCAGACCAGUCCUCUAGGUAGGCAGACCCCAAGCAGCUGAAGAAUCCUGAAGAAAGCACUAGGCUUGCCCACCUGCCUGAGGUGAGACCACAGAAACGGCAAGCUGCUUUAGGAAGCUUACGAGCAGUUCUUGGGCGAGUUUCUCUCAGGGGCAGCAUUACCACAAGCUGAGCUCAACAACGCUAUGUAAGGCGAACCAAUACAUGCUUGUCGUUAGUGAAGCAGAGAAACCAAACCAAGGCUCAGUGCUUGUCCCCCACUGUGGGAUCAUAGUCCUACUCCUUCAUCAAGUGUCCUUUCCUGUGUCUGCUGUAUCCACACAUCCUUUCACCUGGUCUGCCUCAGGAAAACAGUCUUUGGAGUGUUUGCUUUAGCAAGACAUCCUUUCACCUGUGUGCCCCAGGAAAAUACCAUUUGAUGUAACCAACUUGCCAAAGAACUGGAAGUUCCCACUUCAGAUAACCCUUGCUCUACCCAGUAAUUUCUUAUACUGGAAAGCCUGUGCUGAGGCAGCUGAUGAACACUUACUACAGUUGUACACAGACAUUUGAUGGAUCAACGCCAGUUCUCCAAACCUUUACUUCUGUGGCAGCAUGAAUUUGGUUGGUUGGUUGUAUUGUUUCUGGUAUCUUGUCAUAUACAGAGCUAUAAAUAUUUGUAGACAAAUGGUUUCCAGAUAUUACCGCGGCAGUAAGAUGCAUCUAACUCUUUUCCCUGCAGUGACAACAGGACGAAAAGCAAUGACCAUCGUCCUGUCCUUUCUGUUCUUUGCUAAGCCAUUCACAUUUCAGUAAGUACUUUGUAAUGUAAGGGUCUCAAAGUUAGAUACUGGAUUUCAUAUUUUGUGUUAAACAGCAGUAUUUUCUAACUUUUACUUUAUGUUAAUUUAUGUUAAUAUGUGUUAGCCUAUUUUCCUCUACAAAGAAUUCUAUUCAUCCUAAUCUAUCUACUAAGUGCCUUUUGAUAGUUUAAGAAUCUGUGGACAUCAUUUUAUAUACUUAAAUUGACCAGCUAAAGCCCAGUGGAAAUGUGGUCUUGUUAGCAAGUGACUGCAUGAGAAGGAAGUGUAUGACAGAUGCAGAGUGGGUAAAAGGUACACAUCAGUGUGACUGACUGGUAGUGGGGUGUGUGCACCAGUGUGACCAAGUGGGAGUGAGGUAUAUGGUCCAGUGUGACUGACUGUUAAUGAAGUGAGUAUGUCAAUGUGCUGAUGAGAGUGGAGUGUCAGAUACAGGAUGACUGACUGACUGCGUGUUCCUCAUGGCAGUGAGAAUGAGUAGUAUGUGUGUGUUGAAUAAAUUGUUUUUCUUUCCCACUUGUAUAUAUGUAAAUUAUGUUUAAAAUUCAUGCGUGUACAUUUUUUGUUUAUAGCUUCUUUCCAGAGCAAUAAACAAUAGGAAGAUAGUCUGUAAGUUGUGUCCUAAUGAUUUAGUUUUGACUUUUUAUGAAAGUGUUCAGCAGUCUUUUUACUACCUAUUAUAUGUUUGAAAAUAAUUCAUGUGACUCUUAUAGGUCACUAAUUGUAAUUUUAAACCUAGUUUACAAAUAUAUAAUCUUAAUUAAAAUUAUAAAAUAAAUACCCAUCAAUGUGUUAUAAGUUGUGCAUUGUUUAUAGAUAACCUUUUUAUAUAUUUAAUAUUUUAGUAAUUAAAUUAUGGUGAGCCUCUGCUGCCUUCAGACUGUGUCUCAUUUUUAAUCAUCUGUGUUCCACUAAACUGGGACAUCUAGUCAGAGUACUAUAUUGGCUAUACAGUGUAGCCUUUGAUAGAUAGGAAUCUGGUAUUUUAAAUAGAGUCGUAAGUCUUUUGGUAAGUAUUAGACUUUGAAUAUGCCAAUAACCCUAAAGUUUAAAUUACUCUCACUUUGUAUAACUCUUCUCUGUAUGUAAUCAAUAUAAUUUUUUAAGACUUCUAUAACAUACAGACAAUGAAUUUGAUCAAAUCCACCCCCUACCCCCUCCUCUUCCAACUGUUCUUGGCCUUCCCACCUGACGUUUUUAUCCCAACUUAAUGUGCUCUUUUUGAUUAACUACUGAGUCUACCUGGUGCUGGUAGUACAUGAUUGGAUGUCGGGCAAUCCCCAGUAGCAUAUGUAACCUACCUGGGGUUGUAUCCCUGAAGGAAAUUGAUACGUCCUCCCUUCCUUCCAUCAACUGCCAGUGCCUUCACUAGGGGCGAGGGUUUUGCUGCUCGUAUUUUAUGUCAUCGGGACACAGUCUGGAGUCUGCUUUUAAGAGGAAACCUAACCUGAGAAAACCUCCAUCAGACUGUCCUGUAGACAAGCCUCUGGGCAUUUUCUUGACUUAUGACUGACAUGUGAGGACCCACCUCACUGAUCGGUGCCAUCCCUGGGCAGGUGGUCCUGGGGUGUAUGAGGAAAGCUAACUACGCAGGCCAGAAAGACCAAACAGGUAAGCAGUGUUCCUCUGUGGUCCUGCCUUGGUCCUGCCUUGGCCUCCUUCUGUGGAAAGGGACUCGGGAUGGGUAAGCCAAACAAAGCCGUCCUUCCUUGAGUUGUUUUUGGUUAUGGUCGUUAGCACAGCAGUGGAAAGCAAACUAGACCAGGCUUCAUGAACCCCUCCCCUCUCCAUUCAGCAUACAAUUCUAAUACUAUUACUUUAGACCUCUAAUAGCAAGUUUUUAUAUGAUUAAAGUUACUAUGGACUAACGAUUGUAUGCCUUAAUUAACAGUGAAGUGUUGCCUUGUUAAUAUCCACUGUUUCAUUUCCUCUUUUCAGGUAUAUAUGGUCUGGCUUGCUAGUUGUCCUUGGCAUAUUUCUGAAUGUUUACAGCAAAAAUAUGGAUAAAAUAAGAUUGCCCUCGGUGUACAGUGUGAUAAAGAAAGCCAUGGACAUGAAAAAGUCAAGAACGUUGGCACAGACUGUGUAGGAACUGUGUUCGCCUAUGUAAAAUAAAAGUCUGAGGGAACAAUCAUUAAUCAACUCACUUUCCAAAGGCUUGUGGUAAAACCAAAGGAUCUGAAGGCUGCUGUCGUCUGAGCAGGUCGUACUCUCGGUGGUUCCUCGGCAUCUGCCUCUACAGAACACACACUUUUGAUCAGCUCCAAAACGAUCAAGAGCCCACACCUAGGACAUUUUGCAAUAAAGUCAGUAUGAAGGAAAGUGCUUCCUAGCUGUCCUGAACAUUUCACUGGAAGUGGACCGUGUUGCAAGACUGAUUGGCAAUCCGUCCGGCCUGCAGCACGGUGCCGUGUAGUAGCACUGUUUGUCUCCAUUCCGUUUCGGUGGUGUUAUUUAAAUUCUUCUCUGUUAUAAGAGUAACUGAUGAUUUGAAGUUUAGAGAAAAUAGCAUUCAUUUAUAAAUAAAAUUAUCCUGUGAUUUUUUUUAAAUGGCGUUUUAAUAAAAUUUGUUAUUGAGGAGAAUGGAGACAGGAAGAAGGGCUAAUGUACACUUUAAAACAUGGGUUUUUAAAGUUCAGAGAAAAUAGCAUUCAUUUAUAAAUAAAGUUAUCCUGUGAUUUUUUUAAAAAAA